AUGUUGUCGCGGGUUGAUGAUGGUUCUGGUGUAUAUCUCAUCCAUAUCAAGUUGCUUCAACUUCACAUCUGGCUCCACAAUGGGGUCAAUUGGCUGCUGGUGGACACCAUUUGCUUGAGUGAAAUCUGUGCUGAUUUGCUUGAGGAUGAGCCUACUCCUGAUAUCCAGAUAAACCAUGUGGGGGACUAUAAUGAGUUUGUAUUCUUGAAGAUUGGUCGAUGCGCACUCUACUUGGAUGUCAAGCGCAUGAUGCUGCGUAAAGUGUAG